AUGGGUACUCUUAGGGUUCUCUUUCUCCUUCUCUCUCUGUCUCUGCUUCUUCUUGUCAAUGUCUCCACAGCCCAGAUGCCAGGUUUUUUAAGUCUGGACUGUGGAGGUAAUAAUAACUUUACUGAUGAGCUAGGUCUUCAAUGGACCUCAGAUUAUCAGAUGAUCAGAGGAGAAACAGCUAACAUAUCUGUGGCAAAUGAGACGAGAACACAAUAUACAACGGUGAGAUAUUUCCCGGCAGAUAACAAUAAGUAUUGCUACACACUUGGUGUCAUUAGCAGGACCAGGUACCUUGUAAGAGCGACUUUCUUGUAUGGGGACUUCGAUAACAAUGAAGUAUAUCCAAAGUUUGACAUUUCCUUUGGGCCAACUCAUUGGGCUACAAUUGUCAUUUCUGAUGCCAAUACGAUAGAGUCUCAAGAGUUAAUAUUUCUGGCUAGUGAUCCCACCAUCAGCAUUUGUUUGUCCAAUGCUACAACUGGACAGCCUUUUAUAUCUACCCUCGAGCUCCGGCAAUUUAAUGGUUCUGUCUAUAUGAACCAAUUUGAGAACGAGUUCUUCCUUAGUGUGUCAGCAAGAAUAAACUUUGGUGCAGAAAGUAACGCUCCUGUCAGGUAUCCAGAUGACCCAUUUGAUAGAAUAUGGGAGUCUGACUCUGUGAAGAAAGCCAACUACCUUGUUGAUGUUGCUCCUGGAACUGAAAAGAUAUCUACCGACAAGCCAAUUGAUGUUAGCAGUAACGAAAGACCACCUCAGAAGGUGAUGCAGACAGCUGUAGUUGGAAGAAAUGGAUCCUUGACAUACCGAUUGAACCUAGAUGGUUUUCCAGGUUUUGGUUGGGCAUUCUCCUAUUUCGCGGAAAUUGAAGAUUUGAGUUUAAGUGAUACUAGAAAAUUCCGAUUUGUACUGCCUGGCAACCCUGAUCUCAGCAAGGCAAUCGUAAAUAUCCAAGAGAAUGCCCAAGGAAAUUAUCGUCUUUACGAGCCAGGAUAUUACAACAUAUCUCUCCCAUUUGUGCUGUCAUUUAGAUUUGGGAAGACAUCCGAUUCUACUAUGGGCCCUCUCUUGAAUGCAAUGGAAAUAAACAAGUAUCUGAAAAGGAGUGAUGGCUCUGUAGAUGGACCAGUUAUUGCGGCUGUAACCUCUGCUUAUUCAUGGGCAGAGUGGGCAAAAGAAGGUGGCGACCCAUGCCUUCCAGUUCCAUGGUCUUGGGUUCAAUGUAAUUCUGAUCCCCAACCAAGUAUAGUAACAAUUAAAUUAUCAGGGAAGAAUUUGACUGGGGGAAUUCCUUUGGCUUUGACAAAGUUGAACAGUUUAGUAGAGUUAUGGCUUGAUGAGAAUUCACUAUCUGGUUCGAUUCCUGAUUUUUCUGGAUGCUCAAACUUGAAAAAAAUACAUCUUGAAAAUAAUCAACUGACUGGCGAGCUGCCUUCCUCCUUGGCAAAUUUACCAAAUUUGAAAGAAUUGUAUGUUCAGAACAAUGUGUUGUCUGGAAGAGUGCCAUCUGGACUUCUUGAUAAGGAUCUGAUUUUAAACUAUACAGGAAACAUAAAUCUCCACAAAGGGGGCAGCGGAGGGCACCGCAAGAAAAUUAUUAUAGGAUCAUCAGUAGGGGCUGCGGUUCUGCUCAUUGUUACUAUUACCUCUUGCAUCCUACUGUGGAAGGGAAAAAAGAAUCGUCCUAAACGAGAUAAACAGCUCCUCUCUUCCUUCGAUGGUGCCGGGACAGAAGCUGCACAUUGCUUCACAUUAUCUGAGCUUGAAGAGGCUACAAAUAACUUUGAGAGAAAAGUUGGCUCGGGAGGCUUUGGAGUCGUAUAUUAUGGGAAAUUGAAACAUGGAAAGGAAAUUGCAGUCAAAGUUUUGACUAAUGAUUCCUUCCAGGGAAAGCGAGAAUUUUCGAACGAGGUGGCUCUUCUUUCAAGGAUCCAUCACAGAAAUCUAGUACAUUUUCUUGGAUAUUGCCAAGAAGAUGGAAAAGAUAUUCUCGUAUACGAGUUCAUGCAUAAUGGGACUCUAAAGGAACACCUAUAUGGGCCUUUGACACGUGAAAGAGGUAUUAGUUGGAUCAAGCGCCUUGAGAUUGCGGAUGAUGCUGCAAAAGGAAUUGAGUACCUACAUACUGGUUGUGUUCCAUCAAUCAUCCACCGGGAUCUGAAAACAAGCAAUAUUCUUCUUGACAAGAACAUGAGAGCUAAGGUUUCAGAUUUUGGUCUUUCAAAACUUGCACUAGAUGGAGCUUCCCAUGUCUCAAGCAUAGUUCGAGGAACUGUCGGUUAUCUGGAUCCUGAGUAUUAUAUCUCCCAGCAGUUGACGGAUAAAAGUGAUGUCUACAGCUUCGGAGUCAUUCUCCUCGAGCUUAUAUCUGGUCAAGAAGCAAUUUCUAAUGUGAACUUUGGAGUUAAUUGCCGUAAUAUAGUCCAAUGGGCGAAAUUGCACAUUGAGAGUGGUGACAUACAGGGAAUCAUCGACCCAACUUUGCACGAAUAUGACAUCCAGUCUAUGUGGAAAAUAGCCGAGAAGGCAAUGAUGUGCGUUCAACCCCACGGUAGCAUGAGGCCGUCAAUGUGUGAAGUUAUCAAGGAGAUUCAAGAUGCCAUUGCAAUUGAAAGAGGAUCAGCUGCUAAACAAGUUAGUUCAGAUGAAAUCUCUAGGCACUCUGUUCAUUCUUCUCUGAAUAUGGGAUCGCUCGACCUUGGUGCUAAUAGACUGAAUCCCAUUCCCAAUCUCUCAUCUCAAUCGUCUCCUCUCUUCCCAUUUCUCCACCCUCCGAUCUCCCAAUUCGCUCUCCUCUUCUCCCUCCCAAAUACAAAUACACCCCUUUUGAGUACCGGGUUUUGGAGGUAUGGCGGAUGCUGGCAAGCAGGGACUGCUGCCGGGGAGUCCUGGCGGCGGCAGCCAUGA